AUGUUGCCUGCUAGCUUGCUAGGUCGGGCGUCCUCUUUUGUGCCCUCGGUGCGCUGCGGGUUUCUCUCCGGCACGAAGAGGCAUAUUGCCAACCUGCCGUAUCACUCUCAGGUACCGUCGCCUCCUCCCAGGGAGUACAAUCCCGACGGCUCGCCUAAGGUUUACCGCCUAAAUCAGAUCAGCUACGAUCACAGCUACGACUGGGAAAGGUGGUCCUUCCUUCCCGUUGGAGUUUUCCACACCGCUUACCGCGGAGUGUUUGCGAGAGACUCCAGACCUCUCCAGGCCUUCCUUCUUCAGUAUCACACCGCCGUCAUCGCCGUCCCAAUUUUCCUUCUGAUCACAUUAACCACAUUCGUCUUCUGCAGUGUUGGCAUCUACGGCAUCCGACCAAAGCGUUUCACGAUUGAGUGGAUGGAGGCGAGUAAGGAGCGUGAUCGAGCGGAGAACUCCAACCCCUGCACUCGCUACCUGGAUCGCAGACGCAAGGAACGCGGACCCAACUGGAUCGUGGAGGACUUCCUCCCCACGCACCCGUUUUUUCUAAACAUGGGCCGAUUUCACUCGGAUACGGAGUACCACAAGUGGAAAGCCUCGACGGAAAGUGAAGAGUAG